AUGAAUUUCCUCUUCUUCUUCCCUGUAAUUUUUGUGGUGUUUCAUUCGAUUCACUGUGUAACAGAUCCUCCUCGAGCCAGAAUCAUUUCUCUUCCGGGCACCGUGGAAGGAGGGCAUAUCGAUGUGACCGGACAGUAUAACCCAGAAACGCCAAGAACAUCCGAAGAAGAAUGGUCGGGAUUCCCAACAUGGGAGCCAGAAGCAUCAGGAUUCCCAAGCACGGAUGGAGAGCAAGAAUGGUCCGGCUUCCCUACCAUAGAGCCCGAAGCUUCCGAAUUUUCAACCACUGAAAAGGAACCACCUAGGCCACCACUUCCAUUUGAAGAGAUUUAA